UCCCAAGACACGUAAACAGAGGACGUAAACACCCGCGUCCACAGACACCAAGAACACGAUAAAAAAAAGAGCAAGAAGCAAUGGCACAGCCAGAGGACGCGUCCGCCUCCGCCGCCUCCGCACCACCCCCCGCACCUACCGACCGGCCGGCGGCGGUGUCGCCCGAGCUCGAGGUCUUCCGCUGCCCGGUCUGCGACAAAAAGUUCCUGUCCAAAUCCCAACGGUCGAUCCGCGAACACGUCUCGCGGCGGAUGCGCGCCGACAACCCGGACGGGCACGCGCACACGGAGUACUACCGCGCCGAAAUCAAGCGGACAAAGCUCUCGGAGGACGAGCGCAGACGACACAGCGCGGCGGCGCAGCACCGGUAUCGGGUCCGCAAGGCGCUGGACGCGAAGGAGUUGGCAGAGAAGCACGGCGGGCCGCCGUCGAUAUACGACAAGUGCAAGUUGUCGGAUAAAAAGUCGGGCUUGCAGAGACGGGUGUUGAAGAAGAAGAUGGCGAUUCCGAAACCGCUGCCGCCGGAGCUGGCCGAGGUCGAGAUACCGUCGGCAAACCCGUUUGUGUAUAUCCAGAGCCAUUGGCUGGUUACCUUUAUCGACCAGAACGUGCAGUUUGUCUCGUUCGAGGAGGCGUUGAAGAGAUCGAGAGAUCGUCUGGGGAACGACGAUAGUAAAAUUGAGUCGGAAUUCAACCAACUCGCCAAAACCUCCGUCGGCCCAAGCAAAACAGACAUAAUAGCCGCCUACGUGGUCUGGAAAGACCCCUCGGCCUGCAAAGACGCCUACGAGCAAUACGUCAACUACCUCAACCUGCAGAUGCUCAACAUCGGCCGCCGCAAAGCGUACGAGGAAGAUCUCGCAAAGUGGGAGGAAAUGGUCUCGCGAGCGGCGCAGGGCCGGAACGAGGACGAGGUCAGGGAGAAGUUGGAGGCGUGGAUAUAUCGCCAGAAAGUCCUGCACGGCGCGUCCGAAUCUCCUGAACGCAGCACGAAUACUACAUCACAGACAGCUGAGCUGCAGAGAUCGCAGAGCGAAGGCCCGCAGCAGGAACAAGAGUCGAAUGACGACGCCGAAGAUCCAGAUUCGGGAAUCGACCCGUCACUCAGAUACGACGUCCGCGCUUCGUCUGCGCCGGUCUCUGUGCCGGCCGCGGUCGUGCAGGUCUCUGUGCCGGUCGCGGUCGUGCAGGUCGCUGCCGAAACUAUUGCAGCCUCGGACGCUGCCGCAUGGGAGCAGGCACAGUUGGGCACAUGAUAAAUUAUACGAAGAUAUUAAUAGACAUCUAUAUUCCCAAGGCACACAUGAUUAA